ACAGUGCUUUUUUGCUAAUGGAGGACAGGAGGCAGAAUAUUUGAUGAUGUUCUCCGAUAUUUUCUGAUUUUGACAGCUGUAAAAAGUUUUAGAGCAUCAUCAAAACUGAACGAAAACACAGGCAUUUUAAUCAACAGGUUCCUACCUGUUUUAAAGGAAAAUACAUAUUUUUUCUUCAAAGAAACUGCGAAAGUACAGAGGAAAAUUUAUAAAUCAAAGAUGGAAAGUUGACGAAAGAACAGUCUAGGAUAAACAUUUUUAUUAUUUAUUUAUCGAAAAUCUUGUCUAUUUAAUAACGUAAUCACGAAAUAUAGGAAUGGCAGAGCCGGCUGGUCCAGCAGAUGAAACGAUAAAGGUCGUUUGCCGAGUUCGUCCUCUCAACAGCUCUGAGGAAAAGGCAGGAAGCAAGUUUGUGUUGAAAUUUCCAUCAGAUGAAACAAUUUCAUGUGGUGGUCUAGGAUCAGAUGGACGUGGCCCACUGCGCUCUUCAAUAAAGACUCAAAAAGUGUUUGCGUUUGAUCGAGUGUUGAAGCCAAAUGUCACCCAAGAGUAUGUCUACACAGUGGCUGCAAAGCCAAUUGUUGCUGAUGUACUCAGUGGCUAUAAUGGAACUAUUUUUGCGUACGGUCAAACAUCAUCGGGAAAGACGCAUACAAUGGAAGGUGUGCUUGGGAGUGCAGAAAUGCAGGGUAUCAUACCUCGAAUUGUACAGGAUAUUUUCAACUACAUCUAUGGCAUGGAUGAAAACUUAGAAUUCCAUAUAAAAGUUUCCUACUUCGAGAUCUACAUGGACAAAAUUAGAGAUCUGUUAGAUGUUACCAAGACCAAUUUAUCAGUUCAUGAAGAUAAGAACAAAGUCACAUUUGUAAAGGGAGCAACUGAAAGGUUUGUGUCUAGUCCAGAGGAAGUUAUGGAGACAAUAGAUGAAGGCAAAUCUAAUAGACAUGUAGCAGUAACAAAUAUGAAUGAACAUAGCAGUAGAAGUCAUAGUGUGUUUUUAAUCAACGUGAAACAAGAAAACACAGAGACACAAAAGAAACUGAGUGGUAAACUGUAUCUAGUCGAUUUAGCUGGUAGUGAAAAGGUCAGUAAAACAGGCGCAGAGGGCGCUGUGUUAGACGAGGCAAAGAAUAUCAACAAAUCUCUGUCAGCUCUAGGAAAUGUCAUCUCGGCACUUGCUGAAGGAAAUAAAAGCCAUGUCCCGUACAGAGACAGUAAAUUAACACGUAUAUUACAAGAAAGUUUAGGAGGCAAUGCAAGAACUACCAUGAUUAUUUGUUGUUCCCCAGCGUCAUACAAUGAGUCGGAAACUAAAUCCACCUUGCUCUUCGGACAGAGAGCGAAGACGAUCAAGAACGUUGUCACUGUGAAUGAAGAAUUAACUGCUGAGGAAUGGAAGAGACGGUAUGAGAAAGAAAGAGAGAAGAACAGCAAACUGAAGGUCAUUCUGGAGAAGCUUGAGGCUGAACUGAAGGCUUGGAGAAGUGGUCAGUCUGUGCCUGAGGAUGAACAAAUAGACAUGAAGCGCUCAGUCACGGAGGAGACACCCAAUGCCACGCCAUCUACAUCAAUGAUUGGCAGUAUUACAGGCAGUCUAAGCAACGUCAGUGAAGCUGACAAACUGGCAUUUGAACAGGAAAAAUUGAAAAUAUAUCAGCAGCUUGAUGAUAAGGAUGAGGAGAUUGACAAACAGUCUCAGCUGAUAGAGAAGAUGGAACAACAGAUGCUGGAACAGGAAGAGUUGAUUGCACAGGCACGGAAAGACAAUGAUAACCUUCAGCAGGACAUGCAGAGUAUCUCGCAAGAUAACGAUGCUGCCAAAGACGAGAUAAAGCAGGUAUUGAAUGCACUUGAAGAACUGGCCAUGAACUACGACCAGAAAGAACUGGAGGUGGAAAACAAGAACAAAGAAUAUGAUCAACUUAAUGACGAACUUAACCAGAAAAUUAGUUUGUUGAACACACUACAGUCAGAGUUGGACAAUGUGAAAGACUCCUCCCUCCAUCAGCGUAAGCGAAACACAGAUAUGAUGAUGUCACUUUUGCGUGACCUUGGAGAUAUUGGAACAAUUAUUGGCGGAGAUGCCAUUGAAACUAAGAUGGCGACUGGCAACUCUGAGAAGAUUGAGGAAGAGUUUACUGUUGCACGUCUAUACAUCAGCAAGAUGAAGACGGAGAUAAAGUCACUUGUAACCAAGGCAACACAGUUGGAGUUGACUGGCACUGAAGCAAACAAAAAACUUGAUUUUGCUGAGAAAGAUCUGUCAGAUUGUAAACUUCUCAUCAUUCAGCAUGAGGCAAAGAUGAAGUCUUUACAAGAAACGAUCCAGGAUGUAGAGGCAAAGAAGAGACAGUUGGAAGAGAAUGUUGAUAACUUAAGUGAGAAGCUAGUCGCUGCUUCAGCUGCAGAACAAGUCCAUCAAUCAGCCCAGAAAGAUCUCCAGUCGUCAGUUGAGAUGCAAAGUUCCCUGGAAGCCCAGCUAGAGGCCCAUAGAGAAACACACCAGAAACAGAUCUCCAGUCUCCGUGAUGAGAUCGCAACAAAACAGGCACAUAUGGAUCAGCUGAAAGACACCAAUCAGAAGCUGAGUCUUGCCCUGGAGAAGUUACAGGGAGAUUAUGACAAACUGAAACAAGAUGAGACAGAGAAAAGUGCCAAGUUAGCAGAGCUUUCUCAACAGAUUGAUAGACGUGAACAGGCAAGACAGGAUCUGAAGGGGCUUGAAGAAACUGUGGCUAAGGAAUUACAGACCCUGCAUAACUUGAGAAAGUUGUUUGUACAAGAUCUGCAGAACAGAGUUAGAAAGACAAUGAAGAAGGGAGAGGAUGAUGAUGAUGAUGAUGUUGGAGGCAGUGCAGCAGCAAAACAGAAAAUCAGCUUCCUUGAGAAUAACCUGGAACAACUUACCAAGGUCCAUAAACAGCUUGUCCGCGACAAUGCCGAUUUGAGAUGCGAAUUGCCCAAGUUAGAGAAACGUCUUCGUGCAACAAUGGAUAGAGUUAAGUCACUUGAGUCAGCGUUAAAGGAUGCUAAAGAGGGAGCCAUGAGAGACAGAAAACGAUACCAGCACGAGGUUGACAGAAUCAAGGAGCACGUGCGUCAGAAGAAUCUCGAGAGGAGAGGACAUGCUGCACAGAUAGCUAAACCAAUUCGACCAGGAGGUCGUCAUCCCAGCCAGUCAGCUGCAGGCCCUCAGUCUGUAGGAAUUCGAGGUGGAGGUGGUAGUGCAGUGGUAAAUGGGCCUGUCACCAGGAAUGAAACCAAAGCUUAAAGACCCAAGAUAUAUACCAGACUGUUUUCUGUUUGAAAAUCACCACUCAAAACCAGUUCAGAUUAUCACAUCAUGAAUUUAUAAAUUUAUUCCUGGAAGACACAAAUGGGAAAAGAUACUGUGUAUUAUAACUGUUUGAUGACUGUACUUUGGGAAAUAAUUAUGGAACAAGUGGUUUUCAUAAUCUUGACGUUUCACUUUCAUAAAUUUACGUUUAAUGACACAAACUGAAAAACCAUACGCUUAAUUGAUAUGUACUAAGCUUUUUUACAUGAAGUGUUAAUUAGAAAUGCACAAAAAGUACGUGUGAAUUUGAAUUUCAGUCUUGAAUGUAAAAUAUUUUCUAGUAGUUGUUUGAAUAUACAGUACAUCGUGAUUUUUGAUAAAUAUUGUAGCUUCUUGCAUGAAAACGUAGGUUCCAGUUUUAUUUCCCUAUGAACAAGCUGUUUUCUAAAUAUUGUGAUUUACUAUUGUAUUCUUUGCAUUCCAAAUGCCGUUUUCUGCUUCCGCGAUAUUUAGCAGUUUUAUGUCUCGAUUAGUUUGUGACAUUGUAGCUGGUAUCAGUUGUGCAUUUUGAUAUGUAAACUGGUUGACAUCUGUAGACAUCAAUACUGUUGUUUUUGUUGUAUAUAAGAAGGAACCGAAGUGUGUAAAUAAAAAGGUUGAUGGAAUACUGUUUUAUAUGAUGGUGAUUUUAAUGUAAACGAUGAAAUAAUAUAGCGUAAUGUGAUGUGUGAAGUGAUAUAUAAUAUCUAUAUGUUUUGAUGGGUUUAUAUACAUUGUAUCAAUCAAUCAUGUUUACUCUUCAGUAUGGUAUAUAUAACAUGUACAUUCAUUUUACAGCAUGGUGUACAGCAUUUGUUAAUGAAAAUUGUAGUAAAAAUGAUAGAAGCAAUCAAAUUGGCUUUAUAUAGAUAUUUGGGGAAGAAAAAAAAUCAAGGUUGUGAUUAUUUCUGUAUGGAUUUAAGGUCACGGAUGAAAUAUAAAGUAGAGCUUUCCUUUGGAAAAAAGAGCUUUUUUGCAUAUAAAAUGGAGCUUUCUUUUGUAAAGAAGAGCUUUUUGUAUGUAAAGUAGAGCUUUCUUUUGUAAAGAAGAGCUUUUUCACAUAAAGAUAAAACUGAAAAUGGAGCGAUAUAUUUCUUGUGUAGACAUCGGAGCUACAGAUUAAUAUUGGCGAUUUGUAGGAUAUAUAGUAAAAUCAUUUCAUCAGAGUUCCGAAAUGUUUAUGGAUAAUGGUAUAUAAAUAAAUACUAAUUGUACAUGAGGAAAUAGACACAUUUGCUAUGGGGAUUAUUUAGCUUAGGGAGAAACAGGAAUUUGGGUAUAUUAGGGUGUAAAUAAUUUGUACAUGCAAAUGGAUUUUUGUUUGCUUUCAAGUUGGUAGAUGGCAGAUACACAAAGAAAUGCUUUUCUGCCUGUACUUUUAGGCAGUCUUGUGUAGAAAAAAGGUUUAUGUUCAAAACUGAAAUCUUUAGGCCAAUAUAAAUUUAUUCCUAGAAUGUUGUAACUUCUUCAAAAAUCCAGAGUGAUAGAUUUACCUUUAUGUCCAUGACCCAUUUGAUUCUUUCACUCCUGAAUUUUUAAUGUUGGUGAUUUACUUGAAAGAAAAAUUGAUUGCCUGUUUAAAGUUAUGUAAUAAGCAUUAUGGAGAUACUUUCAUACUGGCCUUUGGUUAUAAGGAACUGGUGAUUUUGGCAUAUGAAAUGGAGCUUAAUGUAUGUAUUGUUAAAAAUGUACUUUUGUAGGAUUUAGAUAGUUGGGAGAUGGUAUACUUAUUUCUGAAUUUUAUAAAUUGGCUGAUUUGAACCCUGACUUUCAGCAGUUUACUGUUCAUCUAGGCAUAGUAAAAACUAUUUUCAACUUUAAGAUGUUAUAGUAUGAAACAGACAAGAUUUGCAAUGAAUUUAGAUAGCUUUUCAGCCAAUAUAUAAGAUACUGAAUGUACAGUAAGUUCAUUAAUUUAUUUAUGUAACUUCCACAUUAUAAUGUGCAAUAUUAUGUCACUUUUUUUCUGUAUUACAUGUCUGUUAUCCAGUAUUUUAUUAUAAUACUGAGUGCUUGUGUGAAGUUUUAUACAUUGUGCUAUUUAGCAAGUAUACCAUUCUCUGUGAGAACUGAACAUAUUUUUUUCUCCAUGCUAUUGCUAUCUCAUUUUCAAGGAGUGAUAAAACUACAAAUGCUUAAGUUCUGUUUAGAAAUCAAAGUAUUCCCGUUUUGGUUUGUGGCACAUUAACAUAGAGGUUGUAAGUUUAACUCCUACUUGGCUGACCUAGUUUUGUAACUUCCAAGGAAAGGCCACAGAUGUAUCAAAGUAUGUCAGAAUUUUUUUGUUGGAUUGGUUUGAAAGAUACAUGAGCUGAUGGAAUGUGUAUUGGUUGAUUUUAUGAAGGUUUUUUUGUUAUAUCUUCUUAUGAAUUUGUAAACUCAUCACUCAGUAUGUUGUUAGCCCCUGUCAGUGAAAAGCAUUGUUAAAAUUGUUACCUCAGUCCCAUAUUGCAUUCAUUUGUUGAGUAGGAUCUACAUUCUGACUGAGAUUAUAUUUAAGUAUUAUAAGAAGUGUAUUGAUAGUAUUGGGUAAGUUUUAUGAAUGAAAUGAAGGUUUGGAAUUUCGGUGUAAGAUUUUUACAAAAUGAAGGAUAUUGUUUCUUCAGCGUUGAGGUUUGUCGCUCUCCCACAAAAUUGCUUUCAGGAUGGAAGCAUUAAAUUCCAAUAUCAUAACAUACAUAUUGUAUUGUCAUCUACUUAGUGGGAAGUAAUGUAGUUGAAGCAUCACUUUUUAUCUUGGUUAUAAAUUAGUGUUGCUUUUCCUCCAUUGUGUACAGGGAAAACACAUGGUUUGCUGAUAAUUGUAAGGGAAAGCUGUUUUAACUAGGGAUUGAGCAGGAAUGUGACCUUUAGAUGAAAGUUUAUUGAGCAUGAAUUUUAAUGACACUGUCUGAUGUUUCUUUCUAUGACCUCUGGGUAAAAUUUGAUACUUUUGCAAAGUCAUUACAGUCAAUAUUGUAAAGUUCUUCUCGAGUGAAACUUAAAAAGUUCUAGGAGCUUUGACUUCUAUGGGUUGGGAAUUUACUUUUGAUGAGUCUUUUUUUGUAUCUGGGGGAAUCUUCUAGCUGGCUUGGGGAAGGCUGGUGGGUCUAAAUAGGUACUCACUCAUUCCUAAUAAACAUGCACAGUGUUCAUUCCAAAAAUUUUUUUAAGUGGGGUCAAAGGGCCCCAUGAAGGACAAAAACUUGGGGACAUUUGAAAAAAAAAAAAAAACAGGGGCCACAAAAGAAUAACUGUUUAACUUGAAAAUGAAAAGCUGUAUUUUUAACACUUUUUUUUUUCCACUUUUAAAACGUUGGAGAAUGAUAGUGGUUCUACAUAAGUACUCACACAGAACAGCUUGGGUCUUUCUCUACCAUUUAAGCUGAAAAUUCAUUAUAUGAACUGAAUUUUUAUUGAACGUAAAACACGUCUUGUUUUAAGUGCCCAGGAUGUAAACUCACAACCUCUAUAGCACAUUUUCAGAUUACAGGUAUCACUACGUCACACUCAAUGCGGUCAUCCCUAUUAUUAGUAACAAACUCUCAUGGCUCAGAGAUUUUCGGACAGUAGAAUUCUAUAGCACAUGAGAGUUAAUUACUGUAAGGAUUGCAUUUGCACAUUCUUAUCCCACAGUAAAUGAUGUAUCUGGCCAGUGUUGCAAAAUUUGUUUAUAUUUAAGGCACUAAAUUGCAUAUUAACUGAGAUGGUUGAAUAUUUGGUUCAUUUUGUUCAUUAUCUUUUUAAUAUUGUCACAGGGGCUGAUUAGAGAAUGUGCUAUUGUUGAAUAGGUACUUCAGUAUGUCACACCACAUUCAAGAUUUCACUGAAAAGUUGAAACAAUUUCUUCCUUUGGUUUGUUCUUAGUGGAAAACCAUACAAAUUCAUUAUUACAUUAUUCAGAUGUUUAAAAUAAUAAAUUUCAGGCAAAUGCAGAAGUACCUGCCACAUUUUCGAUCAAAGUGAUUUGACUGACAUGUUUGUGUUGUGGCCUGUCAUGUGUUUUCCAUUACUUAAAAUGUUUGGCUUAGUCAUGGGAAAAAAUAAUAUUGUUCACAGUUUGUUUGUCAAGAUAUAUAUGUGAUAGAUAUAUAAUGGGAAUAUCUAUAUUUUGAAUGCCAUGUAAAUGGUAUCAGUUACAAAUACUUACGGGCAUAAUUCAUAUACUUGUAGUAGUACAUAGCUGUAAAAUAUGUAAUGAUAAUAUUUAUAUAUACUCUGAGUGUAUGUGUAGGGGUUGAAUUCAUCCUGAAGGGUGAGUCUUAUCAGUUCAGGGUGGAAGGAUUUUCUAAAGAGACCUAAUAUUUAAUAAAGCAGAUGUACAAACAAUACACGCAUUCAGUGAAUGAUUUGAUUAAUCAGAAGGCAAAAAUAUUUUGCUUGUGUUUUUUACUCCAAAAUAUGCAAAUUAAAGGACAUGCGCCUAGUACAUAGAGUUACUUAAUAGUCAUAGUAGUGAAUAAUUUAUCAGAGGCUUAUGUUAUUGUGAGGUUCUGGAAAAAAUUGUGAGGUUUUGAGGAGAAAAAACGUUAUUGAAAGGCGAAUUCAAAUCGAGGGGUGGGUAAUAUUGUUGACAAAAUAAGCUUGUAAAAUGUUUGAAUGAGUAAUAUUGUCUCAUGUUUAAAAUACUUUACUCCAAUUUUUAAUCAUGUUUUUAAGAAAGAUUGUUAUUUCUAAUAAGCAUGUAUUUUGUGUGUUGUGCAUCUGUCCUUGUUUUAAACUAUGUAAUAGGAUGCUUAUAAAUUAUGUUGCAUUUUGCUGGGUUUCUACAGCUGUGUCAUUCACUUGAAUAAAGAUGCUAAAGUGAAAUCUUCA